UCCAUCCAUCCAUCCAUCCAUCCGAGCUAUCUAGCUAGGGAUUCUAGGAGAGCCUGAGAGAUCACACAGAGACGACGAUCGACGAGGUCGCUGUUGGUGGCGGGUGGAGGUGGUGGUGGUGGCGGUUACAGUGGAGAAAGGCUUAGCCGAGACCGUGAGAGCGCGCGCGCGGUGGCGGGCGCGACGCGAGGUGGAUCGAGCGGGCGGCCAAUAUUCGGGAAAGUAAGGGCAGAGGCAGAUCCAGGAUAUCCCUGGAUUUCAGCCUGACUUUGCCCGCAAUCCACCCGCCCUUUCUGCGCACACCCUCCGUCCCUCUCAUCCCUCCCCCCUCGCGCGCUGAAAGCGAUCAGCCGGCGGCCGGAGAUAAAAGAGACGGGGCGCGCGCGUGUCGAGCUAGCCAGCUUGCCAGCUGCUCUUGCGCGGAGCAGCGGAUAAACUCAUCGGAGGCUACCUAAUUAACCAAGCUUGCUUCCUCUCUGCCUACCUUUGCCUACAAGUUGUGAGCGUGAAGGGUGGUGGUGGCCGCCAUAGCUAUAGCUCGUGGGAUUAAGGGCAGCCGCGCACAAUCGACCUGCAAAGUGUUGCCGGGAGAACAGACGCAAAGAAGGGAGAAGAGGGCGAGCUUGACAACUGCAGCUGAUAGGGUUGUUGGUUGAUCUCAUUGUGAAUUUGUGAUCAUUGGAACAAACAAGAUUUGGUGCUCGGGAGUGGUGUGGAUUGCGCUUCGGUUCUUCCUGCAGAUCUUGCUACUAGUCCAUUAGUGAAUAAGAUGGACACUUUCUCCCAUGUGCCACCUGGUUUCCGCUUUCACCCUACUGACGAGGAGCUCGUCGAUUACUACCUGAGGAAGAAGGUGGCAUCGAAGAAAAUCGACCUCGACGUUAUAAAAGACGUCGACCUGUACAAAAUCGAGCCCUGGGAUCUCCAAGAGAAGUGCAAGAUUGGCAUGGAAGAACAGAAUGACUGGUACUUCUUCAGCCACAAAGACAAAAAGUACCCGACGGGCACCCGCACCAACCGGGCCACGGGCGCCGGCUUCUGGAAGGCGACGGGGAGGGACAAGCCCAUCUACGCCCGCAGCUGCCUCGUCGGGAUGAGGAAGACACUCGUCUUCUACAAGGGCCGUGCCCCCAAUGGCCAGAAGUCGGACUGGAUCAUGCACGAGUACCGCCUCGAGACCAACGAAAACGGCACCACACCUGAGGAAGGAUGGGUGGUCUGCCGGGUGUUCAAGAAGCGGGUGGCGACGGUGCGGAGAAUGGCCGACGGAUCACCGUGCUGGUUCGAUGACCACGGCGCCGUCGGUGCGUUCAUGCCGGACCUCAGCUCGCCGAGGCAGCUACUGCCGCACCACCACCACCACCACCCGGGCUCGUCGGCGGCGCUGUACCACGGCCACCACCACCAGCAGCUGCAGCAGAUGUACGGUCACUGCAAGCCGGAGCUGGAGUACCACCACCUCCUGCCGCAGGAGGCCUUCCUGCAGCAUCUUCCUCAGCUGGAGAGCCCCAAGCCGCCGCCGCCGCCUCCUGCGGCGGCGGCCUACAUUGGCGGCCACCUCGGAUCGUCGUCGUCCACCGCCCUUACUACUCACGACGACGAAGCCUCCGGCUCCGCCGCGCAGCAGCAGCCGCCGUCGUUGGAGGCUGUUUACAUGGCCGGCGCCGGCGUCGGCAUCGGCGUCGACGCGUCGGUGACGGACUGGAGGCUACUGGACAAGUUCGUCGCGUCUCAGCUGCUCAGCAAGGAGUCCAUGUCCAGCUACGGAUCCCAUCCGGCUCAGGUGUUUCAGGCUGCAGACGGUGGCAAGCAUGAAGAGGCUUUGGACUACGCUUCGACGUCGGCCGGCUCCGGCGGCGGCGAGGCUGAUCUGUGGAAAUAGCUUCACUUUCCACAUAAAUAUAAAUCCACUGGACAACAUAUAUACACACACAAUUUAUACCAUCCAAAUCUGAUCUAGCCAAGUGUACAAAUAUAUAUAGCUGGCUAUAUAUAUAUAUCAAGAGAAACGCACGCAUACGUAAAUAAUAAGUAUGUAACCAAAGUGGUUCAUAUUGUUUGACAUCAGAUCGCGGGAUCUGGUGUUAAUAAGUUAGCUGUAAGGUGAAGCCAAGGGGCU